ACCCUUUAUCCAAUCUAAAACGUCUUGAACGGAAAUCUAAAUCAUCUCCGGAACCAUUUCGCUCGCUAACGCUCCAAUGGUCAGUACAGUGAGCUUUCUAGUGGCCUCUCUGUUUGCCUAUGGAGAAAAUAGCUCUCGCUAACUAACCUUAAUAAUAAGUUAAUAAUGGGUAAACCCGCUCCUUCAACGGCUAGGUAGUGGGUACCCAUAUCUCUCUCUUUUAUGCGUCUUCUGGUUACAAUGCAAACAGCAAAGCAACAAUCAUGGAAAUUAAGCAUCAAUGCCAAAUUCAACAAUGUCCAUUUCAAAUUCAACGCAAGAAAUAGAAAUCCCACUUGGAAACUCCUCAAGUUCUCUCUCUUUCUGAAGCUUCAAGAAUCUAUUUUCCAAGUGAAUACAAAAUUCAGAACUUCAAUCCCCAAGAAACAAACCUCUCUGAAAUCCAAAUGCCUCCAAUUUUUCCGUAAAUUCAAGACUUCAUCAGCAAAGAAACAACCAAUUGCAGCACAGAAAAGCCCAAUUCUUGAGAACCCAGAAAGUAAAAUUCCUUCAAGCGCACUAAAUCGGUCCACAAUAAAGGAACCAAUUUUUAGUGGCUCUUUGUUUAUUGGAACUCUUGCACUAUUGACAAAAUCAAUCUCUGAGAAGAAUCAAAAGGGAGCUAUAAUCCAUGGUUUAUCAAUCUUGUUAUUUAUGGCUUUAUAUUUCAAGAAGUAUGUGAUUAUAAAAGAUAGGACUUUGAUGGUAUUCUUGACAAUUGCACUAUUAGUUUCUGCAGUUUGGUUCCCUUAUGGGACCAAAGAUUAUUAUGUCUCCCAAAUUUUUUGGAAAAUAUGGAACUAUGUUGCCUCUUCUGGGUCCCUGUAUAUGCUUCUCCAGGUGAUUUUCUCAAGGUUCUGUCAAUCUCUUGGUGUGUCAGUUAAUGGGCCAAGUAAUUGGAUUAGUUAAAAUCUAAAUUAUACAGAGAAGACCAUAUGAUUUUUUGUUGAACGCUUGUAUUGUGGGCUACACUGUAUAAAUCAAUUCUCUUUCAUAUUUGUUUGGUUCCAACUAGCUAGGCAUAGAAAUAUUAAUGGAGUUUGUUUGGAUUUGUUUGUUAUUAUCGGGAAAUCCAAAUAGAUUGCUGAUCCUUGAUAUAACUUUUGAGCUUUUCUUAUGAUAUUUAGUGGCGAAUGUGUAGUGGGAAUUAUUCAAGGAGAUGAUGAUCUUGAAGAAUAAUUUCCUUAGUCCUCUCUAGGCUCUGAACAAUUUCUUCAUUAUUUCCCAAAUUUAAGUCAAGAACCUUGCCAAUUACUAGCAAUUCAGCCUUCCCAGAUAACAGAUAUCAUUUCAGAAUGCUUAGGUUUAUGGGAUUGGCACAACAUUUCACUCAAAAGAACAAAAACAAAAACAAAAAAGAA